GGAAGAACCGCAGGAGGGAGAAGCGGCUGGUUGAAGAUGGCGGAUGGAGACAGUGGGAGCGAGCGCGGCGGUAGCGGUGGGGGAACCGGCAGUGGGUUUCAGCACUUCCAACGUGAGCAAGAAACUCAAGAGCUGGCGUCAAAACGUCUGGAUAUUCAGAACAAACGCUUCUAUCUUGACGUAAAGCAGAAUUCCAAGGGCAGGUUCAUCAAGAUUGCCGAGGUAGGAGCCGGAGGCUCAAAGAGCCGCCUGACCCUCUCAAUGUCUGUAGCGGCCGAGUUUCGCGACUACCUCGGGGACUUCAUCGAACAUUACGCCCAGCUCGGCCCCAGUAGUCCAGAACAGAUUGCACAGUCUUCAGGGGGUGAAGAUGGUGGGCCUCGGCGAGCGCUGAAGAGCGAGUUCUUGGUACGGGAGAAUCGCAAGUACUAUCUCGACUUGAAAGAAAACCAGCGCGGUAGAUUCCUGCGGAUCCGGCAAACCAUUAACCGGGGCCCAGGCUUCGGGGUCGGCGGAGGAGGAGGACCUGGCGGAGGCAUGCAGGCCGGCCAAACUAUUGCCCUGCCAGCGCAGGGACUGAUCGAGUUCCGGGACGCUCUGGCCAAGCUAAUUGAUGACUAUGGAGGGGAGGACGAGGAGCUAACGGGCAGCGGAGCAGGCGGUGGGUACGGCGAGUUACCUGAAGGCACAUCCAUCAUGGUGGACUCUAAGCGUUUCUUUUUUGACGUCGGCUCUAACAAGUAUGGGGUUUUCCUUCGGGUCAGCGAGGUGAAGCCCAGUUACAGGAACUCCAUCACCGUGCCCUACAAAGCCUGGGGCAAAUUCGGUGGGGCCUUCUGUCGCUAUGCCGAGGAGAUGAAGGAGAUCCAGGAGAGACAGCGGGACAAGAUGUUUGAGAGGAGAGGGGCCGAUGAGUCUGAAGGGGAAGACGUGGACGACGACUGAAUGAAUCGUAGGUUCCCCGCGAUCUAAAAGAAGAAGAAAAAAAAUAGAAA